AACCGAGCGGGUCGAUCGUAGCAGUUGCCGCAGGCCAGGGGGCAAAGCUAGCCAAGAAACCGCCGGAGCCAUGGCCGCCGCCGUGUCAGCGCGCCUCCGUCACUCCACGCGAACCCACGACGACUACGAGGUGCGCGUCGCCGGACGCGGCACCGUCACGGUGACCCCCGCCGUGGCGCGCUGCUGGGUCUACACCACGCUCUGGCGGGGCCGCCGCCGCCUCCACUCCGGCAUGGGACUCACCGUCGGCUUGGGCGUGCAGUGGACUCCUCCUUUCCUCGACUCCUCCUCCUCCGACGACGAAUCAGAGCCCGACGGCGGCGAAUCAGAGCCCGACUCCUCCGACAAUGACGGAGGAUCAGAGUCCGAGCUGCGGCCGGGCACGCUGCAGCUCUGCAGCGGGCACCGCUGCCUGGUGUUCCAGAUCGCGCAGGCGGCCGACAACGCCGACGGUGCCGCGAUCCCCGCCAUCCUCUCGCGCUUCCUGGACGACCCGCGCGUGGCCUUCGUCGGGUACAACGUGAGGUCCGACUGCCGCAAGCUGAGCGCCCACCACGGGCUGGAGGACAGGUGCGCCAGGGAGCUGCGCGAAGUGACCGGCAUGGGGAACGCCUCCAUGGCCGGCAUGGCGGAGCGGCUCCUCGGCUGGGGCGGGGUGAAGAAGGACAAGCGGGUCGGCGUCAGCAGGUGGCACGCCCGCGACCUCUCCGAGGAGCAGGUCUUCUACGCCUGCCACGACGCCUGCCUCUCCUACUGCCUCGGCGCUCGCGUCGGCGUCAUGCCGGACUCGGACCCCGCCUCUUAUUAGAAGUAGUUAUUUUGUGUUAUUUUGUGGAUUGUGGGCACUGGGCAAUGUAAGGUCCGCCAGGCUGCUAUUCUAAUCUCAACGUCGAUGAUCACUGUCUAUUUACUCAUUCCAUUUCACAAACAAUGC